CUGUGCCGUGAUCGAAUCGCUAAACGUAUACAACGUCACAAUUCUAGGCAUCAAAAUUACACAGGAUUAUCUACGUAAUAACCAAUAUAAAUAAAUAGGUUUGUGGAUUCUGACAUGAUUGCCGGCGAUUAGCCACAAUAGCGGCAUGAAUGGGUUUAUUAAGACAGUUAAUUGCGGAAAGUAACAUUUGGUGUUUCUUGGAAGUGUAGCGCCAGGUUAGAACUUCAGUAAAGGCGAAAUUGCUUUUACUACGCGAGCGUAACAACUGCAUGGGAUUGUUUGAAUUACAUCAUGGUCAUUGUAUUAUAAUGUUUACCAUUCCCCUCCCUUCACUGCCAUGCUAUCAUGUCAUCACACGGAAAGAAUUCUUUGAAAUUGGACAAGUCGUUGAGCGAUUACAGCGAUGUAAAAAGGAAUCACUCGCUCGGAAAACUCUUGCGUCAACCGAUGCAUGCUAAUUGCAGAAACUUUCAAAUAAAAUGACGCCAUCAGCACAAUAGGUCCUCCCAGAGUAAGGGAACUCUUUUAUCGGAUAUCGCUGCUGAGACUGCAAUAAGUCUGAAUUGGAUUCCAUGGAUCUGUAUGUAAUCAAAGUGAAAGGAAAUCUUCAUAAAGUGUCGACACUUCCGCACAUUUGACAGUGCGAUACACAUGCUACAUAUAAAGGAGGAUGCAUUUUCUUGAUAAUAACUCAAUAUUAAAAAGCACAAGGAUAUACUUCAAUAAAGUAAUGUUUAUCACAUUCAUCAGUAACAAAUGUAAACGACAAAUAAAAAGAGUACUUUGCUAACAGUAUUAAUUUCUUUUUAAUUUUUAAUUAUGUCAGAAGGUGGAAAUGAAGAAAGUGUGUUUAAGGAAAGCAAACGAGAGGAAGGAAAAGCAACGCGUAGCUGGUGCUGCUGUUGUUGUAAGCGGCCAGCACAAUUCGUCAUUGAGAAAGGGCCUAACAGUAGGAACGGCGCGCGGUUGGCCAUGUACGCCACAGACCCGUCGUCGUCAAUGGCGGAUAACCUUGUCACCACACCGACGGAGGACCAUAUAAGCGAUAUACAAACAUUCCGACAGGAUUGCAGCCAGAAAGACAAUUCCAUACGCAGGCGGACCUGCGAACAACGGUGUAAGAAAUGCUGUAAAAAGUUUAUGACAUUCUUCUUCUCGAACAUUGGAUUGUGUUCGUUGGUGGUGGCUUAUUCCAUUCUGGGUGGCUUCAUUUUCCAGACACUAGAGGCGCCCCACGAGAUCCAAAAGCGUCACCUGAUGACCAAGCGGCGGGCCCUGUACGCCCAGGAGCUGUGGAACUUCACUGACAGCCGUGACAUAUUCUUCGAACCAAACUACACACGUGUUGUGGAGAUGCUGCUUGUACGGUUCCAGACCGAUGUGCUACUGGCCAAGAAGGACGGUUGGGACGGCUCGGACGGUGAUGUAGAGCCCCUCUGGUCAUUUGCCGGUUCUCUCCUAUACUCCGUCACCGUCAUCACUACAAUAGGUUACGGUCAUAUCGCCCCGAAGACGUUCGAAGGUCGCCUCGUUACGAUAUUCUACGCACUUUUUGGGAUUCCACUGACGCUGCUCUGCCUAACCAACAUGGGCAGUUUUCUUGGCAAUUGUUUCCGGCUGUUGUACAAGCACUUGUGCCAGCUGUUGAAAUGGAUGUGCUGUCCGCCAGAGGAGACUGUCACUAAGAGGCGUUCGGUCAACAGCCCCGGCAGUACCAUUAGGAGCAAGAGCGUAUCUUCCAGGAGUGACUUAUCCCAGCAACAGGAGCUUCAUCCGUUACAGCUAAAUGCGGACGACAAGAGCACAAAUACUCUGAAAGUAGCCCCCCUGAAGGCGCCGAUAGUGCGGAAAGAUAGUCGGGGAAAGACGCGGAGUAGGAGCUCCAGUCCUAGUCCGACUAGCAAAGAGCCACCGGGAGUAAUAGGCGAAAUAAAUAUCGUGGUGGAAGAUUAUGACAAUCCUAAAAUGAACACGGAUCAUAAGGUAGAGCAAAUUCGUGUUCCUAUAUUCGUGAGUCUCUUAAUUAUCGCCAUUUAUAUUAUCGGGGGAGCAUUAAUGUUUUCUAUGUGGGAGAACUGGGAUUAUCUCGAAGGUUCUUACUUCUGCUUUAUAACAUUGAGCACAAUAGGAUUUGGUGAUUAUGUUCCGGGUUCCAUCAGCCGAACGGAGAACGCAGAUAGCCGGAAGAAACUAAUUAUAUGCUGUGUUUAUCUCCUAUUUGGACUGGCGGUUAUAGCCAUGUGUUUCAACCUCAUGCAGGAAGACGUACGGGCCAAGUUCCGCUGGCUUGGUGUGAAACUAGGGCUCAUUGAAGAGAAGUGAAAAGUGAUGUGAUUGUGUGUUCUUUGUGAUAUACAUGAUAUUACGUAAUAAUUAUCUAUCUGAUGUCAGUAUUUUAUAGACCUUUUUUUGAAACCUUUUUGUUCUUUACCUGUACCUCUUUUUGUACCUCUGUCUGUACAUGUCGACCUCCAGUAUCGGUUACGUUGAUUGUAUAUUUAUGCACUAAUAUAAUAGUUAUCAACUGUCUAUGUCAAUGGUUAGUCGUGAACUAGAACUGAACUUGGUUGUUUUAGUUUUCAAGUAUUUAUGGUUUAGGGUUAGUCUUUCUGUGUGUGUGAUAUCUAGCUUGUAAAUGGUCUACCAGGAAGUUUCGCAUGAAAUCAAAAUAACGAAGUACGAGGGGUUAGGUUGACGAAGGCUCUAUUACAGCUUUGCAACAAAUUAAUAAAAUAAAAAUAAAUUCAUGAUCAUUAUACAACGCAAAUUUAAACACUAGUGUGUUGUAAGCUUUUUAUUGUUGUUAACAUGUGUAUAAUUUGCAUAAUUAUAAGAAACCAAUAAUACGUAUUGAUACGUCAUGCAUUAUUUUAUGCUAAAAAAUGUGUCAUUCAAUGCUUGAAAAUAAAUGGAAAAUUACACUUGUGUGUUCUAUUUCACCAAACAAUUUAGUCUUGAUCAUAAAUUGAUAUAAAAUGUGAACAAUGGCGAUAUUACAUGUGUGUCAUUCUAAAUAAAUUUGCGGCUCAAAUGCAUAUGGUUGAAAUUCCCACAUGUAAGGAUAUUCAAACCACAUAAUUUGUAUGCGAAAUGCUACCGAUUUGGUUACUCCGACAUUCUGAAAAGGAAGAAAGCAGUGAAAGAUUGCAAUUUCGUGGUUUCUUUACAAUAUGUACCCACUUUUCAUUAAGUAUUUCUUAAUUGUUUGGUGAAAGAGAUACUGUUAGUAAUCUGUGCAUUAAUGAAAGAUUGUAUUUUAGGUUAACAAAUAGUUCAAACACCGUCAUGGCGUUUAUUGUUGGAAAAUUCGCUUUCACACCUCGAAUUGUAAGCCAGCAGCCGCUUGUAUAAAACUGGUUGAUUGUUUGGUUUGGUGAAAGUUGGCCAAAUUGUUUAUCGAUUGGUCGGUGUUGAUCCAAAUAUUAAUAUUAACCAAUCACAUCAUUAAAAUUUGGAAACUAGCCUAAAGGUAACCUUCGUACAACUUCUCCGAGUUUUAUACAAUCGGCUGCAUAUGACUUUUUAUCUACUCAGCAGUUUUACACGAAUUGCAGUAGAUCAUGCGUAUCGCUUGUUUUAUUCUUACAGGAAACCACAGCAUGAUUUCUACAAUAAUGGGCGUUUAUGUACUUGUCAAUAGCUGUUUUGACACAAAACACUGGCAAUUUUGUAAUUACUACUUUCACUCGUUUCCAUUUACAUUAAGGUCUGUUCUGCAGUUGCUGUUUUAAGUGUUCAUCUGUGACACACAAACAUCGAUAUUAUUGUUCUCAACUUAAAUAUGCAUUCUAGAAAGAGA